AUGCGCGUCCUCGUCAGUGGAGCCGGUAUCGCCGGUCCCACGCUCGCAUAUUUCCUCUCUCACGCGGGCUUCCGCGUCACCGUCGUCGAGAAGGCCAACUCGAUGUUGGCACAAGGUCAGAACAUCGACAUGUGCGGAACUGCGCUCAACAUCGUCAACAAGAUGAACCUGCUCGAAGAAGUUCGCAAGCACAACACGACCGAAAAGGGAUUCUGCCUCAUCGACCGUCACGGUCGGCCUUUUGCAAGGAUGCCGGUCAACGGAUCUGCUGGAAGUCCCAGUAGCGAAUUUGAGAUCUUGCGUAGUGAUCUUGCCGAUGUGAUCUACAAGGCGGUGGAGAAGCUGGAUAACGUCGAGUUUCGGUUUGGGACGACGGUGAGCAAGGUAUUGGAGAAUGGGGUGGACAAGGUCCGAGUGGAGUUGAGCUCGGGUGCAGAGGAAGAGUACGAUAUCUUGGUUGCUGCGGAUGGUCAAUGGUCGAGGUUGAGGAAGGAAGUAUUCGGAGAACAAGCCGUGACGGUACGGGAUAUGAAUUGUCUCGUCAUCUACGCUACCAUUCCCCGAACUGAUCAAGACGGCGACUACUGGGAGAUCUUCUCCGACCUGAAGCGUCGAAACGUUCACAUUCGUCCCGACAAUCACGGAACCACGCGAGCAUGUCUUACCAUCAUGCCUCGAACCGAUCAGCAGAAACAAUCCUGGUUCGCAGCUGCUCGAAGUCACGAUCGCAAACUUCAAAUGGAUCUGCUUCGAAGCGAAUUCAACGAUGUCGGAUGGAAGGCUCGUCGCAUCUUGGACGGUAUGGAAGUAGCCGACGAUCUAUACUUCCAAGCGACCCAGCAGAUCCGCAUGGACAAGUGGCACAAGAAUCGUGUCAUCUGUCUAGGAGAUACAGCCUACGCUCCGACACCAUUUACCGGCAUGGGCGCUUCCCUCGCUAUCGACGGAGCCUACCUCCUCGCCGGCCACCUGUCCAAGCUAAAAUCAGGCCAACAUCCGUCAAGCGCUUUCGAGGAAUACGAGGCGCAAUUCCGUCCGUUCGUCAAAGAAAUUCAGAACGUGCCCUGGUUCAUCCCCGGCAUAGCCCAUCCGACACACGAAUGGCAGAGGUGGUUGUUUCAAUCCUUCGUAGCUGCAGUAGCUUUUGUGCUCACAAGACCACGUAUAGCACGGUGGGCGGCGACCAAGGGCAAGAAGGUGCAAGAGGGACUGGUCGAUAUUCCAGACGCGCCUUUCCCGCAGUUUGCCGCCUUCGAACAAGCCAAUGAAAUCAAGGUUUGA